UUCGUUUUCUCAACUUAAGUUUUCACAUCGAAGGAACAGAAACUUGGCUGAAGCCGCGGAGAAGGAAAGACUUUUGCGCAGUAACUACUCUAACAUAACAUAACACAGCACGACACAAGGAAAACGGCGUAACAUGGCUGGAGAACCUGUUGAGAGAACUGUACUGGGAGAUGAAGAGGAGGAGGAAGAAGAAGGGGACCUGACGCAAGACCAGACCGAUGCCAAGCCUGACCGCAGAGGGAGAUUCCUGCUGUUCGGAAGAAGGAAGAAUAAGGAUGGCCAGACGCGGGAGCAGGACUACUCUUCUGAAAGCCAUUACAGAAUUGUUUCACCAACAUUCCAGUAUAAGAUGAGCCACCAGCGAGUUGGCAAGUGUAUCAUCAUCAACAACAAAAACUUUGAUGAAAGGACAGGGAUGAAUGUACGCAAUGGCACGGACCGAGACGCAGGUGAGCUGUUCAAGUGCUUCAAGAACCUGGGCUUCGACGUCUUCGUCUACAAUGAUCAGACGUGUGAGAAGAUGGAGCGUCUUCUCAGAGAAGCCUCGGAGGAAGACCAUAGUGACAGCUCGUGUUUCGCCUGUAUCCUGCUAAGCCACGGUGAGGAGGGCAUGAUCUACGGCACAGAUGGAGCCAUGCCCAUCAAGACCAUGACCUCGCUGUUCAGGGGGGACAUGUGCAAAAGCUUAGUGGGAAAGCCAAAACUCUUCUUCAUCCAGGCUUGUCGGGGUUCCGAAUUUGAUGAUGGUAUACAGACAGAUUCGGGUCCGCCAAACGACACCCUGGAGACGGAUGCUAAUCCGAGACAUAAGAUCCCUGUAGAGGCAGAUUUCCUCUUUGCCUACUCCACUGUGCCAGGGUAUUACUCAUGGAGGAACCCUGGACGCGGCUCCUGGUUUGUCCAGGCGCUCUGCAACGUCCUCAACGAGUUUGGCAAGCAGCUGGAGAUAAUGCAGAUCCUGACACGGGUCAACUACAUGGUGGCCACCAGCUUUGAGUCGUGGUCCGAAGACCCGCGCUUCAGUGAGAAGAAGCAGAUUCCCUGCGUGGUCUCUAUGCUGACGAAAGAACUGUAUUUUAACUAACCGCCAACCUGACUGACUGUACUGUAUGACAACAAUGACUGACUGACUGACUGACUGACUGAUUGACUGUUUCAGUUACCGGCUAAGCGGUUAAAGCAUUCAGGGAUGAUUCAGGCCCAGCAUUACACUGCACGUCUGGAGCACAUUUUAACAUUUUGCAUGUGUAGUUGGGCCCGAAAACCAGCACUCUGUUAGGGAAAAAAAAAAUAUUUACAGUGGCACUCCGCGUUCAUGUGUUGAUGGAGAAAUUUCUUCCUCUUCUUCAGGUUGUUCUUCAGAAUAAUGGCGUCACAUUUGAUCUGAUCUUUGUCGACAGGCAUUGUGAAAUAUCCAUGUUAUUCUACCAGCCCGGAAAAUUUGCUGCCAGUUUUUGUGGGUUUGGGGAAUCAUAUCUGAAUAUGUGUCUCUCCAUUUUCUAGCACUUGCUAUAGAUCUUGACAGAGACUGUACCUACUGGACAGGAGCAAGCAGGGACAGGCAAACGUUGGCACUUGCAUUUAUUGCAUGGAACCAACUUUUGUGUAACUGAUAGAAUUGGCAUUUGGUGUUCUGAGAGAAGUCUCUCCAGAAACUGAUAACAAAUCUGCAUCUGUAGAGUCUACAAUAGUGUAUCACUAUUACACUAUAAAGAGAUGAGGGACCUGCCUUGGUUACAAACUUGGUCCACUGAAUUGUUAAAAGCAAAAAAAAGCAUCUGGAAAAUGGAUCAGAUCAUUUUCAGUUAUCCGUGUUUAAUGUUUUCAGCUGUCAGUUUUCAAAAAAAAAAAGAUACAAAAGAAAAAGACAACACUCCUCUGAGCAGAAACACGUCACGAUGCUCUUGCCAAAGGCUCAGUGUCUCUGCCUUCCUAGCUAGUUUAAGUUGGUAGCAGCACGCUGGCAUCCUCAGGUUCUUUAAUGUCCCAUGAAGUGGGUUAAUGUAAUGUUAAAGAAUUUCAUAUACGUAUGGCUAGGAAGGUGUGAUCUUUUGCUGUGUAGUGAUUAGUUCUAUGAGAUUUUGGGUCAAGUGCAUAGUACAGAGUCCACCCCCAUGAAAGCGAGCAUCAUUUGCAACUUUUCCAGUUUUCUCAGCGUGAUGUUGAAGACUUCACUUGCUUGUUGUUCAAGCCAGAGAAGGUGAAGUUCGUGUAUUUGCAAAUGAUCAAAAUAAUGCACUUGUCUUAUUUAUUAGUCAGGGUCUAACAAAUCAGUUUUCUGAAUUUCCCUUUUUUUUUUUUCUUUUUUUUUUUUGGAAUACUUAAAAUUAGACAUUCCUCUUAAAUAUCUUUACUGAAUAAUAUGAUUCACGCUGCAGGAGUUUUACAGCAGAUAGAGAAUUUAAGAAUGUCUAGAACUGUCAUUCAUUUUGGAAAUAUCAUAGUGUAAAGCUGGACUGGGGCCCAAAGCACAAAUGCCACAUCAUAUUACUGUAUAUUAGUGUUGUACAUUGUCAUAACGUACUCUACACUAUAGUAACAAGACAGGUACCAAGCAGUGUCUUACUAUUUUAAAAGUUAUUAAAAAAUUAAGCUUUGCUUUAGAAUGAUUAAAAACCCAAAUCAUAAAAAAAAUUAUAUAUUUUUCUACAGUGCUCAGUGCACUUUUCCAAGUUUUUUCAAAACAGUAUUGCAUAAUUAAGUAAAUGAAUUGAUAGAAUUGAUUUUAUACUGUAAAAUCUGAAAAUCUUUUUUUUGAAUAUAUAGAAGGCACUUGCUGGUCCUUACAGUUUACACAAAGUUUGUUAAUGCAAAUACACUCUAAUUGUACCAAAGUCUGUCAUUCACAGAGGCAGCUAUUACCGGUGGUGACAAGUCUGAGAACACACACAAUCCACAUGUCCACAAUACACACUCUCACUGUUGCUGUGAUGUUUUUACAUUAUUCACAUGAUUGCAUGUAUCAGUAAUUUAGGGGGGAAGUUCAGCAGUAGCUUUUAUUUCUUAUGACACACACUCUCCUUUUCUCACUUUGUAUUUUUUAUCAGUCAUUUUUAAUUAUUUUAAUGACACUCGCAUAAUAUUUAUCGGUGCCAGGAGUGCGAUCAAUACUGGCAUUCUCCACUCUUGUCCAAAUACAGCCACAACUCUUGAGUCCUCUCGACACAUGGAUCUCUGAUCAGUGAUGUGGUGCCCAACCUGUGCUGAAAGGAGUGUUUGCUCCACUUGUUUUGGAAUGGAAUUGAAUAGAGGGAAAAAAAAUUUAUUUUGAGGGGUAAAAUUUUAAAUGCUUUCCGGUGUUAAAUGCUGUUGUCCUCAGGAAUAUAUUUGAAAAUAUUUGGAAAAAUGAAUUACAUUGAAAUUAUAAUCUGGCCCAAUAUUUUAUAAGUUGGGGCAAUACCUUGUUUAAGUAACUUCAAAACAGAGGAAUGCUCAUGUAAACAUUUUAUUGUAUUAAACAUAAAUAAGUUAUUGUGUA